AUGACCGAGUCAACCUCUCAGACCAAGAUCUUCCUUACAGGGGCUACAGGUUACAUCGGCGGAUCUGUGCUGGACCGCCUCCUCCACCACCCCAGCGCCGACACGUUCGCUAUUACCGUCUUCACCCGAUCUGCAGAGAAGGCGAAGCUGCUGGAGGAGAGUUUCGGCGUCAAAGCCGUCGUCGGGACGCACGCCGAUCAUGACAAGCUCGAGGCGCUUGCGGAGGAGUCUCAUGUAGUCUUUUCAUGUGCCGAUGCAGACGACCUUCCUGCUAUCGAGGCGAUCUUGCGGGGUCUGCGGAAAAGACAUGCGUCGAUUGGUGAUCUUCCAAUAUUCAUCCACACGUCGGGAACGGGUGUCAUUUCUGAACCGGCGAAGGGCAUGUUCGCGUCGGAGACUGUCUACUCAGAUCUGAACGUCGAGCAGAUCAAAUCCAUUCCGCCCACUGCGCUACACCGGAACGUAGAUCUUGCGAUUGUCGAUGCGGAUAUCCAGGGUUAUGCGCUCACUUAUAUCAUCCUUCCGUCUACUAUCUACGGCCUUGCCACUGGACCACUGGUUGAUGCGGGUAUCUCCAAUCCCCAGUCCAUUCAGAUCCCCAACAUCAUCCGCGCCUCGAUCGACAGGAAGCAAGGGGGUGUGGUCGGCUUGGGCAAGGCUUUGUGGCCAGAUGUUCACAUUGACGAUGUGGCGGAUCUGUACAUUGUGCUUUUCGACGCAAUCACGCGAGACAAUAAGGGGAUUGGUCAUGGCUGGGAAGGCUUUUACUUUGGCGAGAAUGGUGAGCACUCGUGGUACGAUAUCAGCAAAUCUAUCUCGGUGGCAUUCGUCGAGCUGGGUAUUGGCGGCACGGACAGCCCGACGUGCUUCACGACGGAAGAACUGAUCAAGUACUGGGGCUCCGAGGACAAAGGCAAUUAUAGCGGGUCCAACUCGCGCUGCCGAGCAGACCGAGGUCGAUCGAUUGGCUGGAAGCCGACAAAAACUACGACAGACAUGCUGAAGAGUAUUAAACCUGAGGUAGAGCUACUGUGGAAGAAGGCACAGGCCGGAGGUGGCGUGAAGCUGUCGAGCUCACGGUAA